CGGAGCCCUAACCUUUUCAGCACAUCAAGCAAGGAGGGGAGAGUUCAGAGUGUUCAAGACUCUGACAUGACGGAGAUAAGGUCUAAUAGCUUUGGCUAAUGGAAGAAAAAUAAGCAAAUAAGGGGGGAAUAAUACAUUGGGUGCUAUCUACUUGGAAUUAUUCAAAUCAAUUCAAGUCCACAUUUGACUCUACUGCAACAAAGUACGACAAAGGUGGAGCCAUGGACAUCGGGGGCUUGGAAACAGUUGUGGCGAACUCCGCCUACGUGUCAGCCCGCGGCAGUGUGGACGGAUCUGCAGCAGCUGCCAUGCGUGACAAGAAGAUGCGUGCCAGGCUGAAACUCCCACACAUUAGAGACUGUGAACACAUGAAAACAACUGUAGACGCAGCCUUUGACAGCAUGUGUGUCAAACAGCCCAUCGGCAAGCGCCUGUUCCAACAGUUUCUGGAAAGUGACAAAACCCAUAAAAAUGCAGGAGAUCUGUGGAAAGACAUUGAAGAGUACACCAUAUGUCAAGAGAAAGACAGAGUGCAGAAGGCACAAAAAAUUGUCAAUAAAUACUAUGAGUCAACCUCUAAGAAUCUUUGCAGUUUCCUCGAAGAGAAGGCCAUCACUCGAGUUAAGGAAGACUUCAAGAAUGUACGCGGUGACCUUUUUAAAGAGAGCGAGCAGCAGCUCCUCAAACACCUGGAGCUGAAGGCUAUGGAUGGCUUCAAGAACAGCAUGUACUUCCUGCGUUUUAUUCAGUUCAAAUGGAUAGAGAGCCAGGCUUUUGAUGAGGAGUGGUUCAUGGACUUCAGGGUGCUGGGUAAAGGAGGUUUUGGGGAGGUGUAUGCUUGUCAGGCAAAGGCAACGGGCAAAAUGUACGCCAACAAGAAGCUGGAGAAAAAGAGGCUGAAGAAACGCAAAGGUUACGAGGGAGCUAUUGUGGAGAAGCGCAUCCUUGCAAAAGUUCACAGUCGCUUCAUUGUGACACUGAGUUACGCCUUCCAGACCAAGACUGACCUUUGCCUGGUCAUGACCAUCAUGAAUGGCGGAGACCUCAGGUUUCACAUGUAUAACGUGGAUGAAAAAAAUCCCGGCUUUGACGAGAAAAGAGCGCGUUUCUAUACAGCUCAGAUAAUCUGUGGGUUGGAGCACCUUCAUCAGCACAGGAUCAUCUACAGGGAUCUGAAGCCAGAGAAUGUAUUGCUGGAUGAUGCAGGACAUGUGCGUCUGUCAGAUUUGGGUCUGGCUGUUGAACUUCCACCAGGAAAAGACAAAACAACUGGAUAUGCUGGAACUCCAGGUUUCAUGGCUCCAGAGCUGCUCCAGAAGAAGGAGUAUGACUACACAGUGGACUACUUUACUCUGGGAGUCACACUGUAUGAGAUGAUUGCUGCCAAAGGGCCAUUUAGAGUACGAGGAGAGAAGGUUGAGAAUGACGAGGUAGCUCGCAGAAUCCUAAAUGAUCCGGUUUCUUACACACCCUCCUUCAGCAAAGAGUGUAAGGGCAUUUGUGAAGGGCUGAUGGAGAAGGACCCGGCCAAACGGCUGGGGUUCAAGAAUAAUGAGUGCGCAGAGCUCAAGGAUCAGCCCUUCUUCAAAGAGAUUAACUGGGGCCGUCUGGAAGCAGGUAUGUUGCCUCCACCAUUUGUCCCCGAUCCCAGAAUGGUAUAUGCUAAAGAUAUUGACGACGUGGGCGCCUUCAGCACAAUCAAAGGUGUGGUCCUGGACAACAAGGACACCGAGUUCUACAAUGAUUUUGCGUCCGGCAAUGUCCCAAUCCCCUGGCAGGAUGAGAUGAUCGAGACAGGUGUGUUUGGAGAGAUGAACAUCUGGGGAGAAAACGGCAAGCUGCCUAAUGACCUCGACCCAAACUACGUGGAGACCAAAGGAGGCGGAUGUGUGUUGCUUUGAGAAUAGAUUACCGCAUGUAGAUUUGUGCUCAUUCGGUGCCACCUAUUCCUAAUAUGUACUAUGUGUAAUUUAUGCAGUAACCUGUUGUUAAAAUUCAUAUAAAUUGUGUCUUUACAUAAUAAUAUUUUAUGUUACUUAUAUUGUAAUAUCUGUCUGGUUGAAGGUGAAAUAGCACAUAGUUGAAAUAUUGUCUGACAAAUAUAUAAAUACAGUUUUUAUUAAGUAGUUACAGAUAAAUGAAAUGAAACAUGUUUGUAUAGAAGUCACAUGUAUUCUUUGUAUAAUAUGAACUACUUGGAUGAAAGAAACAAAACUGUACUGGCACUAAUAAUGCUAUGUAAUUAUUCUGUAUUUCUUUAUUAUUAAAAAAGUAGCAUUUGAAAAAGUUAUUACUAUAUAUUGUACUAUACAUUCUAGAGAAAAGAGUUUAAAGCAAUCAAUAAAAUCUUGCAAAGCAUA